AAUCGGACCGGAAUGAAAACUGUUAGUAGGAGUACCGCUGUAGGUUCUAGGCGCUUCAUUCCCAAAUAGAAUUUAAAGCGCCAGACUCAUCACAUUAAGUAACAUCACGGGGAGAAAGAACAGACACGUAACGAGGAAGACUGCGUCGGAAGGUCGUGGCAACUUCUUUUGUGCUCUGGAAGGAGUAAGGAGCCAAUUUACAGAUCUGUUUCGGCAGCACGAUUUACAUUCGCCUCCGAGGCGGAAUCGGGAAAGCCAGGGCGGACCAGAAGGAAGCCUUUCAUUCUUCGGUAACUAUUAAACAAAUCUUCCCUGCUAUCUGAAUUUUUCCCGAUCCGAAAGAGCCAUCUGUGCACAUCAUUAUAACAAGGGAUUUCUUUCAUUACAUGUCUGGUUUCCUCUGUUUUUAUCUUUUACCUUGUAAAUCCAUUGUCUCUGCUCCUCUACAUAUAGCACACGGUGUCAUUGUGAAAAUGUCCUUGCAGUUUAUCAAGGAUGACAAAGGUAAGGAUCAGCUGCUUUAUAAAGGAUAUCUGUAUAAGAAAGUGCGGGCAAGCGGGAACAAAACGUUCUGGAAGUGUGCUGAAUACCACAAAUACUGCUGUACAGGAAGGGCUCACACAAGCCACGACCAAGUUAUAAAGUCUUUGCCACAUCUUCACCCUCCCACCAGGAUGCCAACGGAAGCUGACCAAGUGCCAUAUGGCGUGGAAAAAAACACCAUGGGCCCGGAAUCAAACCCUAAAGUGAAUACAGCAAGUUGUGAUGCCUUGUCUGAAGUCCGUACCAAGAAAUGGUGUACACACCAUCCAAGCCAGACAAUACAACGUUUGAGAGCAUGUUUGAAGGCAAGCCGCCAACCUUCGCCCAAUUUACCGGAAUCCGUCGCUGCUGUUGAAACGACUAUUAAAGAGCCAAUUGUGCCAUCAGCUUUAACAUCUCCUGGCUUUCAUGAGUUCACCGACAGCUCUAUGGACAUGCCAAACCCUGGUCUUUGUCAAGAAAAGUAUGCUCUGAACUCGCCUUCAAUCCAGGCUAAUCGAGAAGCGGGUCGACAGAGAUUCCGCCUAUCCACCCUUCUCCCUGGAGAAACUCUGCAGGAGAUUCUGUCCCGGCUGACUACUGCAGCCCUGCAAUGGCUCUGUCCUCAGGAGCACAGCAAAGACCAGAUUGUGGACAUGGUCAUCCUGGAGCAAUUUCUCAGUGUGCUUCCAGUGGACCUGCAGACAUGGUUGAAAGCCCAGGAGCCAGGCAGCAGCAAGGAGGCCGUUCAGUUGGCUAUGGCCUAUCAUAAACAGGAACCUGCCAAGCCCAUUCAGGAUACGAUAACCUUUGAAGAUGUAUCUAUUCAUUUCACUGAGGAAGAAUGGACUCUACUCAACCAUAAAGAAAAAAACCUUUACUGGAAUGUCAUGCAUCAAAAUUAUGAUAAUGUAGCCUGUUUGGCAAGAGAUCAGAUCAAAGGAAAAAGCCAAGAGGAAGACCUUUUGCAGGAAGUCUUUGAUCCAGCAGUGGAGUGGCUGGAAAAAUCCAAGGAGACAAUUUUACAACGUCCUGAACAAGAGUUGAAUAAGAACUGUCUGAAGAACCAGCAAAAGAGAACCUUGGAGAAGGAAGAAAUAUUCAUUUGUUCUGAAAGAAAUGUGAUGGGACCAGACAGAGACAUAAUUCUUCUAGACACCGAAGUAGGGCUGCAGAGUCAAUGCCUACAUAUUGAUUAUGGAGAAAGUGGUACUCCUGCAAUACCUAUCAGUGAUCAGAAAACCCUGAGUGAGGAAGAUCUAACAGGCUCAUAUGGAAUAUCCAAUAAGAUACAUCUCCAGAAUCUUAAGCAAAAUUUAAUCAAAGAGGAACAGAAUGAUACUGAAAGACAACAGGUAGAAAAAGAGAAAUUUUAUGGAGGCCAUUGUAGGAAUCCAGUCCAUCAUGAAACUAAAACAAGUCGGAAAACUGUGUGCGCAGCCAUUGAUGAUACAGAACAAACUGAGCCACUAAUACUUGACAAUUGGGGAGAUUUUAGAUAUGUAGAUAAAUCAUUGGAAACAAUUAUGGAAAGAAUUUCUCCAAGUUCUGAUCCAGAUCCAAUGCUCAUUUGCUCAAAAAUAUGUUCUGCUGAGUUGAAUGAAAGUACGGAUUUGACCAGUGAAAACCAGAAUAUUCUGGAAAGUGGUCUGGUUAAUAGUUCAGAAAAUGUAGGAGUGCUGGAGAAACUCAGUUAUUUUGGAAGUGUUUUACAGGAACCCGCAACACAAAUUCCUCAUUCAGAUGUUCAACAAGAUUCAGAAGCCCAGUACAGAUACACCAGUCAUAGUAAUGAAGAUGACGCUUCCAAAAUCAACCUUGGGGGUCAGUUGAUUACAUGUCCUAAGUAUAAACAUAUUAAUUCUUUCAAAAAGUAUGCCUGUUCCAAUCCUGAGGAAAUCAUCAAUAGCCUUUCAGCUUUAAUAAAACACAGAAGAGCUGACCGAAAAUAUUUCAGUAGAAGAAGUUUGAAAUUCCAGUCUGGAAUACAUCAUAGAACUCACACAAGAAAUAAUCUCCAGAAACGCUUGAUUAGGCAUAACUGGUGGUACUUUAAGCAAAACAGAAGCUGGCUUUUUGAAUUGGGAGUUACUCUAAAGCAGUUUCCAAAGUUUGAUUCCAUAACACUUAACACCCAAAUAGACAAAAUGGCUACUGAGCCUACCUUAAGCCAGGUAAUGACUGUGCUACAGCAGCUGGCUGCUAAUAUUGCAGAAAUCAAGGCAGCCAUCUCCAGCCUGCAUUCCACUGUAACUAGCCUCCAGAAUGGCCUAAGUGUUCACCAAAAUGCUUUUGAAAAUAGGAUUCUGUCUCUUUAUGUGGAUGCAUACAAAUACAUAGUUUUGAGUGUGCACUUCUAUGCACUCUUGGGUGCUUUUCUUGGGAAGAGUUUCAAGUGGUUUGCUUCUGAUUUCUUCUAUGAUAUUUGUUUCACUUCUCAGCCUAGAUUAGAUCCCUGGAAUCUUUGA